GAACGACCGUUUUCGUCGCUAUUCAGUCAAGUGUUGCCGGUUCAAUCUCUAUUGAUAGCGUCUCUCUCCCUCACCACACCGCACCCUUCCCUAGCACUGGUAUCAUACCGACAGUGCAGGUCAGAGCGGUGUGUAUGUGUGUGAAUCUGUGCGAGGGGGGUAAGCAGUAGUAACACUAGUUUUUUUUUUCUUUCUCUUGUGUCACAUACCCCUCGACCUCGACAGGCAGGAUUGUGUGUCCCCCGUCGCGAGUUACUCAGAGCGUGCGGUGUGUAACACGGUGCGAAUUUAAUUACCGAUAAUCCUUUCGGGUCGCAAUUGCUCUGCAACAGAGGCGCCGUGCGGACUGGAUUUGUUUGCAUCUGAAGAGAUCCUGUUGGAAAGCUUUCUUCCUUCAGGGUACGUGCUGUGAUUGUGUGUUUCCAACUGGAACCGUGAAUGCAUGCUUAGUUGUUUAGCUGGGGACAAGCGUUCGUAGAUUAGCUUCGCAAGUGGAAUAAGUGAAAUUCGAGAAGCGACGGGGUUUCUCCGACGACGGACUACGCGUUCCGAGUGAUGCAAUGCAGUAGAAUGGCUACAAUUAUGUCGCAUAAUCUGCCGUUGAUACCGUUGCCGCUGAAGGCUACGACGGCGGCGGCCUUGGCAAAGACGACAGCCGGGCUGAUGAUGUCCGGAUUGCUUGGGAAGCAUCCAGGGGAGGAUAUGUACAUGAAUGGAGUCGUUGGAAUGCCGACGGAUCGAAGUAGCCCGGAUGUUGCCAGUGAGGCUAGGUCAAGUCCUGAAUCAUUGAUGCUGGCACGGCAAAAGAUGCGUGAUGACGAUCGAAUGAGUUGCUGCAGUGACGAUAGUGAGCUUUCGGUCGGUCAAGAAGGAUUGGAUGAAGGGGACAAAACAAUGAACAGUGAAACGGAGAAACAGAGUGUGACUAGUACGGGCUCGAGAUUGGGUGGGGUGGACAUUGAAAAAUUAAUCGAUAGACACAGUGUCGAAGUUGCGGAGGAGAUGAGUAACGACUCUUCGAGGUAUUCUAAUUCCAAGGAGCCGACGGAGGAUUUUAUGAAGAUUCCUGUGAUGAGACCUAGCCCAACCAGAUUGCACGAGGAGUUCCUAAGAAAUUCGCAGUUAUACGCUGAAGAGUUGAUGCGACAACAGAUGCAGAUAGUGGCCGCAGCGAGAGGUCUGAAUCUGAGCCCCAAACCGUUGGAUUCGGCUUUGGGCUUAGUUUCCCGGUUGCAAGAUAAUCGAAGUCCAGGAGGAAGAUCUGUCUUUGCUGAAGAACAAAGGAUAGGGUUCCGGCCGCAUAUUCGUGGAGUUGGUGAACUGUACCAGGAUCCGAACCGCUGGUCGGACGAAAGAAGUGUUGUUCGGUCACCUUCCGAGUUAGUCUCCUUUCGGGGUAUUCACUCUCACCUGAGCGCUAUCUCACAGAUUACGCAAAACCUCAACAGUGACAUUAGUAAGUUAGCUUCCCCAUCUAGUCUAAGCAGUAUGACCUCUCGCGAAAGUUCUCAAUCUCCGCCCCAAGGGCCGGCUCAUCUGUUACAGUUGAACAACAACAUAGCGCUGAACGAUCAGAAUUUGAAGUUCAGCAUCGACAAUAUUUUAAAGGCCGAUUUUGGCCGUCGGAUUACGGAACCACUCAAGCGAAGCGGCAGAAGUUACGCGAAAAAGCCGUCGGCUGCGGUAGAAAAAUCGAACGCAGCAAUGGAUCUGACAUCGAUGGAGAAGCUCGGGUCCGGUUUGGUAGCUAAUGGCGCCAUCAGCGAUGUAAUUGUCGGUGGUUCUUGUGCCAGUGUUGCCAGCAGAAGCUUUAACACCAGUAGUUCUAGUGCCAGUGGAAGUGAAAUUGAAGUGCCCGCGUCCCCGCAAUCCUCGACCGGUUCGAUCAAGACCGGCGGUGAGGCCGGAAGCAGUGAACGUUCGGGAAGCAGUGGCGGCGGAAGCAGCGGACCCAUUGUUUGGCCCGCUUGGGUCUACUGUACCCGCUAUAGCGAUCGUCCUAGUUCAGGUGAGUUGACGCGACAUUCCUAUCGAUGUCCAGUGGACGGCGGCGGCGGCAGCCGUCCUGCUUUCGGUUCCGCGAAUUGA